AUUCGUGAAAGCCUCCUUGACGAAGAAAAAUAUCUUCCCUUAACGGGAAGUUAUCGCUCACAGAGCUAGGCCGCAUUAUUGCUUGCAUUGAUUAUUCCUUCGCGCCCAGAAUCAUAUCAUACAUCGUAGAGAUCUACAGUUACCAUGGCACAGAUUUCCACCACCGAAAAGCCGCAGAUGCAGCAAAUCGAUCUUAACACUCUAAAUCUGCAGCAGUUGACUCAGCUGAAAAAUCAACUAGAUCAGGAACUAUCUAUAUUCCAAGAAUCCUUGAACACAAUCAAGAUAGCAAGAUCAAAAUACUCUGCAUCAAAAGAAGCGCUGGAACAGUUCAAAGCUGACUGGAACGAAAAACAGAUAUUAGUGCCACUGACGGGGAGUAUGUACGUACCAGGAACAAUAAAAGAUGCUAAUAAUGUCAUUAUUGAAAUCGGCACUGGAUAUUAUGUUGAGAAUGACCUGGAAAACGCAAAAGCAUUCUUCAAGAGGCGCGUCGAAUACGUGCAGGAGCAACUUGAAAAAAUUGAAAUGAUGGGAAUUGAAAAGUCAAAGAUUCGCGAUACUAUUCGCGAAGUAAUGGAGAAAAAAUUGGCUUUGUUUAGCAAAGAACUUCAAAAGAAACGCGAAGGCGAAUAAUGGUGGCAGUCUUCAUCCCCGCAUGGAAACACAUCGUGUAAUUCAGUUUUUAUACAUCAUGCAAUUCAAAAUUCAAAAAGAAUCAACUGCUAAGCAUAUAGAAACCAAGU